AUGGCGCAAUGUUACGAGAACAGGUUCUUCUGCAAACAGUGUGACUAUAGUACAGAGAAGAAGAUCAAUUAUCUCAGACAUGUGAAGAGAAACCACUCUACAAGUCGCAAAGAGGAAAAUGAUCGUCCCUCUUGCAGCAAAGUGACAGAAGAUACUUGUGACGACAACAGUGUAGCAGAUUCCACAAGAAGUAAGGAGGCAGAUGAAGACCAUGGGUCUUCAUCAGAGGAUGAGGAGGCGUGGUUGUCGAAAGACCCAGAUGUUAGUAUUGGUGAGGCUACAGAAACUGUGCAUCUUGAAGAGAGGAGUCAAGAAGUAGACACUGGGACGACAAAUGAUCCUACAGUGAGGAAGAGAACUUCUCCGAUGCCAGUAUACAGCCCAGCACCACUCAAGGUAGCUCGACCUUGUACGAGUAUGUUGGAUGCUGAGCAAAGGGAUCCUCCUGCCUCGAUAAACAUACGUGCGUCUGCCGAGGUGCGGACCGAGAGAAAAAUGGCUGACUGUUCUACUCAAACGGAGCCAGUUCGAUACACAAAAUCAAUUACGACGACCACUAUCGUCAAGGAGGGUGGCAGAAAAGUCAUCACAGUUAAGAAAGAGAAAAUGCUGUAA